AUGGCCUCACUUGCUACAGUAGAUGAGGGCGUGGCAAGAGUACGUUCACGUGCUGGAUGCCAUACCUGCCGGUUACGAAAAGUCCGAUGCAAAGCUCAUGCUGGGACUUUGGAAGAUGCUAAAGAGCAAGCCUCUAUAUGCUCCAAUUGCAAGAGACUAGGGCUUAAAUGCCGAUGGCAGCCUCCCGCUCCUGGCGAAAGAGUCUCACCUCCACCAAAGAGGAGACAAAUGAUCGGACGGCGCCCCUCACGUCGUGUAAACGAAGAGAAUUCGCGUUCGUCGCCUAUGCCUACGCAGCCUCUGAAAGAUGAUUCGACUCAUACUCUGGAUGAAAAUGAUGAUAUCCCCGUGUUCAAAGAGCUAAUUGAUCGUAAUCAAACUCCGCACUCAGACCAAAGCAAUGAUGUCUCGAGCCAGCCACAGAGUGACCAGUUUGAGCUAUUCUCUGGUGCUCCAUACUAUUUUGAUGCUGAUCUGGACUACCAAUCUCUGGAACUAGAUCUCUCCGGCGAAGGAUUGAAUCUCAUUCCUUUACCAGCUGUGUCUCCCUCUGUGUUGCAGGGACCAAACAAUGCGCAAGCGCUUUCCUUUAACGAUGGAUUUUCUCUCGAAGAUGCUGGCAAUAGCGUAUGGCAAUUUGAAGCACCAUUAACAGACGGAGACCAAUCAAUACUCCAAACUGUAAAGGCAAAAGGCCCUUCAGUGAACGAAGGCAAUCGACAGUUGAUCCAACAUUACUUAGAGGUAAUGAAGGGAUACGCCAAAGUGGACGAUCGUUCUAAAGACACAAAUAAUCUUUUUAUUUCGGCGUUUUCAAAAUCUCUGUCCUUUCCUCCACUAUUUUAUGCCAUUUUGUCCUUCUCAGCCUCUCACCUCUCAAUGGAGACUCCUUCUUACAGCGAACAAGCAAAAGUCUAUGACCGUUUAGCACACGAGUCAUUUAACCAGUUUGCACACGAUAACACCAGCACUGUAGACGGCUUGCUCUCAGCUCUUUUUGUGAGGGUCAAACAAGUACAUGUGACAGCUGGCAACAUCGACACCUUUUUCGAGUUAAUUGCUGCCGCGAUCGAUAUCGUUCGCAGUGAAGAAGUGGAAAAGGCGCUUGCAGACCCAUCCAGUCUAAUCAGGCGUAUUGUCAUCCGCCUUGCUAUUUUGGAUGCGCGAGCAUCUCACUAUGGAUUGGGCGGCGGGAAGCUCGUCCAGCAUCUUCGAAAUGUCCCCGCUAUAUCGUCCAUUUUUGAAGAAGUAGGGCAGACUUCAAUCAUUGGUGAUGUGAAUACCCUUUUUCGAGCCGACGUUUUCCGCAUGCACGUUGCACGACUUGAUCUGAGGAUACAAGAUCAGCUUCGAAGUGAAUCCGCCACUUUUCCGCCUGUGCGCAUAGAAGAGAUCAAAUCUCUGUACAAGUCUAUUCAGCAACAGGCUGAUCUUUGGGAAGUGGAUGCCGUAAAGGACAGAUUAGAGGACGGAGAAGAUAUUGUUGAGGACGAACAACUCAGUUCUGCCACAUAUGGUCGAUUCACCGUCUUAUCGGCUCUACACUCGGCUUUGUUAUAUCUCUACACGGUAUAUCCGUUAAUGUCAUUUGAUCCAGAAGUUUCCGUGUCAAAGAUACUUCAUUACCACCUGAAGAUUCGCCAUGACCCGUCGCGCAGCUGCUCACCUUCCUCCAUACUGCCGUCUUCACUGUUUCUUGCCGGAAUUUGUACUGGUGACGCAAUUCGGCGAGACUGGAUUAUUGAACGUUUCCGAGAGGGGGAGGCCUGGGGUGUUUAUAUUCAGAAGGCAAGAGAAUUGCUCCAAGCGAUUGUGAAACUGCGUAAAAAUGGACAUCAUCCCAGUAUACGCAGUGUCAUGGAUGAAGUAACUGGAAGGUUUAUUAUUUGA